AUGACAGAACUCGAUCUAAUGGAACUAGACCCAGUCUCGAGGCGCAAGCUCCAGAAUCGCCUCAACCAACGAGCAAGCCGGAAGAGAAAGGCCAUCGAAAAACAGUCCAAGGGACAAACAAGACGAUGGGUCGUUUAUACAGAUGAAGCGCACUCCUUGACACGGGACAACUGCAAAGAGAGCAAGGCGGUGACAAACCGCCAUCCACGACUUGAAAGCCCAUUAAAGGAGUCGAAUAAAGACAACGAGUAUCUCUGCGCAAUGACCCACAUAUCGCGUGCGCAAUAUCUGGCUCAACUGCAAUUCAAAGUGACCAAUAGCGUUGCGAAUAAUUUCCAAGCUUCCAGUGUCCUCCUGUCGGUGACCCAAUACAACACCAUGCGAGCGAUGGUCGCAAAUGCGGAGACUAUGGGAUUGUCGCUACAAGCUCUGUGCGAGGAUAUCGCGUCCUUUUUCAAUAUUGCUGGUCCAGGCCAUGGAUUUCUGCAACUACCACCCAGUUUGCAACCGAGUUCUUCGCAGAAACAGAUUAUUCAUCACCCGUGGAUCGAUCUUAUUCCCAUAGAGUCUCUCCGCAACAGUCUCCUGUCUCAAAUGGACGUCUACGAUGAAGACGAACUAUGCACUGAUUUCUACGGCAUGUGCGGCCCAUCGUCAGAAGCCGGGCUCAUUGUAUGGGGCGAAUCGUGGGAUCCCUCCGCUUAUGAAAUUUCCGAGCCAUUUUUCAAAAAGUGGAGCUGGUUGCUGAAAGAUUGUACCGACCUCAUACAAUCGACGAAUUAUUGGAGAAAGAAACGGGGAGAAAGGCCGUUAAAACUCGAGCUUAUCCAGGACCGGAUCAAGGAGGUUGAAUGA